CAACACCUCAAUUGGAAGGGAGAACGUAAAUGCAGAUUACGCUGGUGCGGAUUCAAUCCGCCAUUUUCAGGCAAAGGGAGAAGAAGAGAAGACAGACAGACACAUUCUCCGCUCCUUCAUUUGUAGUAUCCGAGAGUGCCGGUUGUCAACGUCUAGUGAAAUGAAGCGGAGGGGCACUUAUGGUAAUUUACUAAUUCAACUCGUUCGUGUUUGGUAGUUUCGGAACCAUGAAGAGGGCAAGGCCAUGGGAUGACCCAGUGGAUUUCGUGCAGUCGGAGGAAUCCUCCUCUUCUGAUGUCGAGAUGGAAAGUCCCUGUCCCAUCAGCAAGCCUUCAUCCAUUAAGAGCACCAUCGAGAUCCCGACCAGGCAAUUAUCAUCGGAAGAAAGACUUCUCCAAAGGGCAGAGAUAUAUCAGCUUUACAUGAAGCAGAUCCCAAUACCCACUGAACGUGGUUCUUUGGUUCCUUGUUCCUCAUGGACCGAGCUCGGAAGAUCACUGAAGGUACUAUACCGACAGCCUCUUCAUUACCUCACCAACAUCCUCCUCAAGAAGUGGGACCAGGAGAGGAUUGGGACCAAGGAUGAAGACCAGCCAUUGGAUGCGAUAAUUCACCCAGCCAAAGCCGAAGCCACCAUUUGGCUCGUCGAAGAAGUCCACCGGCUCACCUCAUCUCAUCAUCAUCUUGCCCAACUCUGGCUCCUCAAUCCACUGUACCAGGCUUAUGUCGAUUCUAUUGUACCAGAAGUUUACUCUAAAAAGCGUUGAAUCUGGUGCAGUUGAACCUGUUUAAUGUAAUAACUGAGAUCUGUGCUGCUUGGCUCUUUGAUAAUUUUUAGCGCAGUUUAAUGAAUCUACUACAAUCAUGUAGCUUAUCCGAUUGCGAAAA